CACACUACCAUCUCUCUUUCUUUCUCUUUCUUUUCUUUCUCUUUCUUCCCAUUUCACCUUCCUCUUUUCACAGCCAUUUAUUAGAUUCCUCUCAAAUAGUCUCUACCUUUUGUUCUCUCCAUUGGAUUGUACAGAUUCCAAGCUGAAAUACCCAUCUCUAAAAUCUUCCAUUUCUUCCUGAUUUUUUUGGGUGGGCUUAAUUUUUAUUGCCUUUUUUAAUUUAUGUUUCUUGUACUGAUAAACAAGACAUAGGAACUCUUCUGGGUUGUAUUUUGCUUUGUUCUGCAAACUAAAACUAGCUUUCUGGGUUGUUGCAGAAAAAGCCUUUAAUACCCGGUUGAAUAUGUCAUAUAAAGCUUGAAGAAACCAAUCAAAUUUAUACACAAAAAACUUUUCAGUUUUUAGUCAAAGUUUUUGUCAAUAAUAAAUUUUUUCUGGUUUUUCUUUUUUUUUUUUCCUCUUUGGUCUUUUCAAAAAUUUUCCUUUUUAAUUUUAUUUCUCUUCACUUGAGCAAAAGAGAAAGACAUGGGCAAGCAAGGGCCUUGCUAUCACUGUGGAGUUACAAGCACUCCUCUUUGGCGCAAUGGACCUCCUGAGAAGCCAGUAUUGUGCAAUGCAUGCGGUUCACGGUGGAGGACUAAGGGGACACUUGCGAACUAUACUCCACUUCAUGCUCGGGUUGAACCUGAUGAUUAUGAGGAUCAUAGGGCUUCCAGAGUGAAGAGCAUAUCUAUAAAUAAGAAUAAAGAAAUAAAACCGCUGAAAAGAAAGCCAAAUCAUGAUACAGCAGUAGUUGCCCCCGAUUACAACCAGGGUAUCCGUAAGUUUGUGGAUGAAGAUACAAGUAAUAGAUCAAGUUCCGGAUCAGCCAUAUCUAAUUCUGAAAGCUGUGCUCAAUUUGGCAGUGGAGAUGCUAGUGACUUGACAGGGCCUGCUCAAUCAAACGUGUGGGACUCAAUGGUACCUUCUAAGAAAAGAACCUGUGUAAAUCGUCCAAAGCCAUCUCCUGUUGAGAAGCUUACAAAAGAUUUAUAUACUAUUUUACAUGAACAGUCUUCAUACUUCUCUGGAUCUUCAGAGGAGGAUUUGCUUCUUGAGAGUGAAACACCCAUGGUUUCUGUUGAGAUUGGACAUGGAAGUGUUCUAAUUAGACAUCCAAGCUCAAUAGCUCGUGAAGAGGAAUCGGAAGCUAGCUCACUUUCAGUUGAAAACAAACAAUAUUCAAUGAACGAGGCUUAUUCACAUUCUUCAAGCUUCCCUACAUAUAAUGAUAGUGAGGGCAUCAAAUUUUCAGGACAUGGAUUUGAGAAGGCUAAGAACCCUGCUGGACAAGGGAUGCAGCACGAGCAAAUCAAGAGGGACAAAGUUCAACAUGAAAAAUCAUUAAUCCUGGAAAGUCAUAAGUCACCACUGUGUAACAUAGAUUUAAAUGAUAUUCUCAACUUUGAGGAGUUUGUGAAGCACAUAACAAAUGAGGACCAGCAGCUGUUAGUGAAGUAUCUACCUCCACUUGACAUUGUCAAACUCCCUGACAGCCUCAAGAGCAUGUUUGAUAGCCCUCAAUUCAAAGAGAACUUAUGUUACUUUCAGCAACUGCUUGAGGAAGGGGUCUUUAAUAUCUCCGUCCCAGGGGUGAAAGCUGAAGACUGUAAGACUUUGAAAAGACUUGCAUUGUUCAAUUUGACAAAAUCCCACUGGGUGGAACGCCAUAAUGUACUUAAGAAAUGUAGAAGUGGUACUGGAGGAUCUGCCAUUGAUAGAGGACCAAAUGCCAUUACAUCAAAUAAUAUGAUAAUUAUGAAGAGAUCACGUGACAGCCAAAGUCAAAAUUUUCCAGAAGCAAGGACUUUAAAGAGCCCCAAAAGGGUGAUCAUGAAGACUACUUAUGAAAACAAAGAACUCAUAGACAAUGAUGGUUCUUGCUUUAGUCCGAGAAGCCUAUUCGCUUUGCCUCCUGAUGGUAGCUCUCUCGUCCUGGAUUCUCUCCGCUUUGUUGACGAAAGUUCUGACCAUGAUUUGCUGCUGGAUGUGCCAUCCAACGGCUCAUUCCCACAGGCAGAACUGCUGCAUCCUACUUUAGGUUUUGGCCAACAGGCAAGCACUAGCAGUAGCUCAGCACACCCACAUCUUGUCCAUCCCUAGCAAUGGUUGUUAAUUACUAUAACUAUAAAGGUCUGCUCCUUCUGCAAGAUCCCAUGAGUGGGGUCGACAUAUUUUGCAUGCCAAACACCGAAGUCUGUGAAUGAGGUUUGAUGGUUGCUGUUUUUUCCCCUUGACCUUUUAAAACUUGGAAUGCUAAGGGAUGAAUUAGGUUGGGUGUUUUUGUAUAGGUUGACAACAGAUUGUAUAAUAUAGCUCAAAAAAUUCAGAAAGAGGUGGUAUUUCCAGAGUUUUGUAUGCAAA